AUGGCAAUGACAUGGGCCGAGUUCCGCGCCGGCGCCGACGCUCUCGUUAGCCUCCAGCAGCGCCUCCACGCCGACGACCAUGACCUUCAUAGCAGCUCGAAUUGGCGAUGGGAGAACGCUCCGGCAGGCCAUGCGCUGCACCGUAUCUUGCCAGGCUGGGGCUUCCUCGUCUCGGCCAACAACGUUCGCCACUGCGUAGCGCCUGUGCAUGCUGUGGAUGUACACGAUAGCGCCAGUGAUGACGACGACGACGUCGCCCUUGCGCCACAACCGACCGACAAAGUCCUGGUCGACUACCACGUCGUGUACAGCCUCACGUACGCAGCGCCGACGCUCUACCUACGCGCGACGACGCCAGAUGGGCGGCCCGUUCCGACGUCGACCGUGCGCGCGCAGGUGCAUGCGGCCGCAAAUCGGUGCACGUCGAUCAUCAACGUGGACCAUUUCAUCAGCCAAGACGAGCAUCCGGUGCUUAGCACACCGUGCUACAUGCUGCAUCCGUGCGAGACGGCGAGCUGCCUCAAGCUCCUCCUCGCGACUCGACCGACAGCCUCCUCGCCUCUGGCGACGCUUCUCGCUUGGCUCUCGCUCGUCCAGCCCGUGACUCAGAUGAAGGAAACACUAACAACUAGUAUACUAUAA